CUCAUAUAUAUAUAUAUACCCCCUUUUUCUUGUUUAUAUAUAUACCACAUACAUUCAUUUAAUUUGGUGAAUAUUCUUUUUGUUUUUUGUAUAAUUCUCUCUGCAGUGGUUUUUGUAAUUAAUUAAAGAAUGGAUAUUUCGACGGCCAUGAUCAUUUCAGCCUUCGUAGCAGCGUAUUUCCUAUGGUUCAGAUCAAUUACGAGGUCCUUAAACGGGCCGAGAUUGUGGCCCGUGUUGGGCAGCCUACCGGGCCUAAUUGAGAACAACGGCCGCAUGCACGAUUGGAUCGCCGAUAAUCUCCGGGCCUGCGGCGGCACGUACCAGACGUGCAUACUCGCAGUCCCGUUUUUGGCCCGGAAACAAGGGCACGUGACGGUCACGUGCGACCCGAAGAAUUUAGAGCACAUAUUGAAGGUCAGGUUCGACAAUUACCCCAAGGGGCCAACCUGGCAAGCCGUGUUCCAUGAUUUGUUGGGCCAGGGCAUCUUCAACUCCGACGGCGACACGUGGCUGUUCCAGCGUAAGACCGCCGCGCUGGAAUUCACCACCCGGACGCUCCGUCAAGCCAUGUCCCGAUGGGUGAGCCGAGCCAUCGAGACUCGGUUCGUGCCGAUACUGAAUACGGCUCAGCUCCAGGGCAAGCCGGUCGAUCUCCAGGACCUUUUGCUACGGCUCACUUUCGACAACAUUUGCGGCUUGGCUUUCGGUAAGGACCCGCAGACGCUCGCCGUCGAUAUGCCGGAUAACAGCUUCGCCGCGGCUUUCGAUCGAGCCACCGAAGCCACGCUUCAGCGCUUCAUUUUCCCGGAGUUUGUUUGGAAAUUAAAAAAAUGGCUCCGGCUCGGAACGGAGCUCAGCUUGAGCCGGAAUCUGAAACACGUGGACGAAUACAUGACCAAUGUCAUCAGUACACGUAAGCUCGAACUGACGAGUCAGCAAAACGGCGUCGUACACGACGAUUUGUUAUCCAGAUUCAUGAAGAAGAAGGAACCCUACACCGACGAAUUCCUCCAAUACGUCGUCCUCAAUUUCAUACUCGCCGGACGCGACACGUCAUCGGCGGCGCUCAGCUGGUUUUUCUGGCUGCUCACUCUCAAUCCCGCGGCGGAGGAGAAAAUCCUGCUCGAACUCUGCUCAAUUUUGACGGAAACUCGCGGCGGCGGCGGAGAUACCUCUAAUUGGCUUGAUAAUCCGUUACUUUUCGAAGAAAUUGACCGGUUGAUUUACCUGAAAGCGGCGCUGUCGGAGACUUUACGAUUGUACCCUUCCGUGCCGGAAGAUUCGAAGCACGUAAUCGCCGAUGAUGUGCUUCCCGACGGAACGUUUGUACCGGCGGGAUCGAAUAUUACUUACUCGAUCUACUCCGCCGGUCGAAUGAAAUUCGUUUGGGGAGAAGAUUACCUGGAAUUUAAGCCGGAGAGAUGGUUGUCUGAAGACGGGAAGAAAUUUGAGGCGAAGGAUCAAUUUCGAUUUGUUGCGUUCAACGCGGGGCCGAGGAUUUGUCUGGGGAAGGAUUUGGCCUACUUGCAGAUGAAGUCGAUUGCGGCGGCGGUGCUUCUCCGCCACCGCCUCACGGUGGCGGUGGGGCACAAGGUGGAGCAGAAAAUGUCGUUGACGCUGUUCAUGAAAUAUGGCCUGAAGGUGAAUGUGCAUCGCAGGGACUUGGCUCCAAUAUUGGAAAAGAUUGGUAAUUAUAAAUAAUGGGUUUAUUAUUAUUAUUAUAUAUUAUAUUAUAUGUUGUUUUAUUUUCUAUUUUAUUUUUCACAUUGGAAAUAGUAUACUAUAUAUUUGUAUUGCUUUACUUGGAUUAGUGAGAAUAAAAUGAAAUUGCAUUUCGAUUAA